AGAAAGGUGGGAUAUGCUGAGCUUGGGCUUUUGUCGAAGAAACUGCACAGAAAUGGUGCGCAAAUUGACGAGGUUUCUGGCACAAGUGUUCACUCCUGCCCCCACGUGGUCCUCUGCCUGCGCCUCUGCCAAAUCUUGCUCUGCGGGUUCAUUCCUCUGUCGAGCUCGCUCGACUCCUUCCUUCGCUCGGACCUCCUGCCGCUGCUCGCUUGCAGGCGUCGCUGCUCGCAGGAAUGGAGGCAUGCAUGUUGCGACAUUGCCGUGACCUCGUGUUUAACCCGGGCUUCUGGGGAUGAGGAUGAGCAGCAGCAGCAGCAACAGCAGCGGCAGUGUGAAGCGAAGGGCGGGCCCUGGAGUUUUUUCACUGGGGAUGCGAAUUCGUAACCUAGGGCUAUUUCAACUGUCGGGGAGGAUGAGCUUGUCGCAUUGCUCGGUCUUGCCCCGGGAGGAGUCGGCGUUCUGUGUGUGUUGCCAGAAUGGAAUUGUGACCGAGCUCUUGGAUCUCAGCUGGGCGAAUGACGUUUUUUUGUCGGUGAUUUUGAAACCGGUCUGAUCAAUGUGCGUUUGAAUUGCGAGCCAGACGAGUGGGAUCUUUUGUCACCAUGAUGCGCGCUCAGAUGACUUCAGCGUCCUCCUGCUGGCCUGUACGAAAUUCGAGCAUUCCGGGCUUGGUAGCUCACAAUCUUUCUCCCCCUCAGGUCCCUGGAGUUCAAAGUGACAAUGGUGUGUUUGGAAGCAGGACGGGGCUACUCGUCGAAUGCCUCGAAGUCUCGGGUGGGAGCAAACUUUCUGGCCAUGUCGGAAUAAGUGGAGCCAAGAAUUCGGCGUUGGCUGUUUUGGCUGGAGCUCUAUGUUCAGAAGAGGAGCUGAAUUUGAAAAUGAUACCCGACUUGCAUGACAUUCAAAGGAUGGUUCAGGUUCUUCAAUCUGUAGGGGUGAAAGUGAAGCGUUCUGCCUCUGGUCUCACAGUCGACGCGAGCGAAAUUGUCUCAGUAGAGCCUUGUCCGGAAGUAGUUAGGAAAUUAAGAGCUAGUUUUUUCGUCAUUGGAGCUUUAGUAGGACGGAAGGGCGAAGCCGUCGUUCCCCUCCCCGGAGGAUGCGACAUAGGAGCUCGGCCCAUCGAUCUUCACGUGCGUGGACUGCGAGCUCUGGGUGCCCAGGUGGAGAUAAGGCAAGACAAGGUUUAUGCACGUGCAUCUCAUGGUAAGAGAUUAGUAGGGGGCAAAUUUCAUCUUGAUUAUCCAAGUGUUGGCGCCACUGAAACCCUCAUGAUGGCUGCCUCUUUGGCAGACGGAGAAACCGUACUGUCAAAUGUGGCUCAGGAGCCCGAAGUAGUCGAUCUGGCUCAAUUUUUGAUAUCGUGUGGAGCUAAAAUUUGUGGCGUCGGAUCAAGUACCUUAGUUAUUAAGGGCGUUAAAAAACUGCAUAGCACCGAUUUUACAAUUAUUCCUGAUAGGAUAGAGGCUGGAACUUUUUUAAUUGCUGCAGCAAUUACUCGGUCCUCCAUUUCUAUGUCACCAAUUAUACCGCAGCAUAUGACAGCUGUGACUAAUAAACUCCAAGAGAUGGGAUGUAAGCUGCGCCAAACAAGUCAAGACAGCCUACUGAUCAGCCCCUCGCAGUUAUUGUCUAGUACCAGUAUCACAACUCUUCCUUAUCCUGGUUUUCCAACCGACUUGCAACCACAAUUCAUGACACUCAUGACCAGUUGCAUCGGACGAAGUGUUGUAAAAGAAACCGUUUUUGAGAGUCGUAUGCGGCAUGUAGAAGAGCUGCAAAAGUUGGGAGCGAAGGUGGUUGUCAACAAAAACGUUGCUGUAAUACGUGGAAUAGAUUGUGGCAGUUCCUUGCGUGGAGUGCCAGUUACUGCCACAGAUUUGAGAGCUGGAGCAGCUCUUGUGCUUGCUGGGUUAGCAGCUGAUGGCACUACUCACAUUGAGGGUAUCAACCAUAUUGACCGAGGUUAUGAAUCAUUUGAUCAAAAGCUCCGACUUCUUGGAGCAAGUGUUGAGAGAUUGGCGUCCUUGCCUGUAGAGCUGGUGACCCUGUAGUUUAGUUUUCGGAAUUCCAGUAAAACAGGGUGCUAGGAGGGCUUUCUCUUUUAAUCUGUUGGUGGUGGGGGCAACGAGAAAGGUCGGGCUCAUCCACAGCGGAUUUGUAACUUUGAGUGCGAUAGGUUUGUCAGUUAUUUCCUUGUCACUUGUUUAUAAUACUUCGUACGGUCUCAUUCUUUAUGAUGGUCGAUUUUUUCAAGGAAAAAAUUAAAGAUUUCUUUCCUGUUUCC